CGUCGACUCGUCGUCAGGUCAACAAGCCCCAGUAGCAUUCCCAGGGUCAGUAUCGGAGCUAGCUUUACAAGGUGCUUCAGCCUUCAGAUGCUUCAUUCCAGCUUCUUCGUCUUCCUCCUCCUCCAGCCCGUGUGGGCAGGGGCAGGGGCAGGGGCAGGGGACUAUGCCCAGGUGCCACUACACUACACCGGCUCCCCUCACCCAGGCGAUGACAUGGACUUCAUCGACAGCGGCUACUACUUUGGCAUACGGACCUUUGCCAACCUCCCUUACGUCAACUGCUUCUCAGACCGCGAGUCGGAGGGGCGUCCCUACGACAUUGCCGUCAUUGGCGCCCCUCAUGACACCACAACCACCGGCAGACCUGGGGCCCGCUAUGGUCCCUCCGGAAUUCGCAUAGGGAGCCAGAGGAAGGGCCCGGAGACGAGCAUCUACACAGGACGCACUCCAUUCAAUGAAUGGGCCACGAUUGUCGACUGUGGCGACGCCCAUCUGACUUGGCUCGAUAGCCGAGUCGCCCUUCAGCGUCUGGACAAGGCGCAUAGAGUCGUAGCUACUCGGCCCGCCGCCAACUCUUCUGUCUCGCAGACCCCGCGCAUCCUUACCUUGGGAGGGGACCACACAACCACCCUUUCAGCUUUACGGUCAACGUAUGAGAAAUGGGGCCCGGUGUCUGUCAUACACUUUGAUAGCCACAUCGAUACCUGGGAUCCUUCUGUUCUCGGUGGUGACAUCUCCGACUAUGCAGCCCUGAAUCACGGGACAUUCCUUCACAUCGCCCAUGAAGAGAACUUAAUCUUAGAUUCGUCCAUCCACGCCGGUAUUCGAGCCACUGCUCGGAAAAGCGACAUCAAGAAUGAUGUUCGCUGCGGUUUCGACAUGAUGACAGCUCGAGACCUCGACAGACUCGGCACAGACGGCGUCAUAUCGAAAAUCAAGGACCGCGUCGGCGACACAAACGUCUACAUCAGCGUGGACAUUGAUGUCCUAGACCCUGCCUUUGCCCCAGGGACGGGCACGGCCGAGCCAGGAGGCUGGUCGACCAGAGAGUUCUUGACCAUCCUGGAAGGCCUCGAAGGCCUCCCCGUUGUCGGAGCAGAUGUUGUCGAGGUCGCUCCGGCGUACGAUACCAAUGGCGAGAUUACCGUCCUUGCUGCCGCCGAGAUUGCUUACUCGCUGCUAGAUUUGAUGGUGUUCAAGCCGGUCAAGUCCAAGACUGACUUGGAGACAGCUUGAUUCUGGG